AUAUCCCAGUAGCCCAUGAGAACGGCUGUACACAAAUGUUAGUUUAAGCUAUUAUCAAAACUAUUCAUGUACAAACGAAUAAACUGGACAUAUUUCGAGCCAGCAUUUAAAACCACAACAAAAUGGAAUGUCAGGGCAAAGUCCCUGCUAAGGUCCCCACAACUGACGACGAAAAAACCCUAAUUAAUUCACCAAUGCCAACGGCAACGCCAUCGAUCGAUGAACUCAGCAGUGACGAGGAACUAUUUGAAUUCAUACGCGAAGCUCCCAUAGGGGACAGAAACGAACCGUCAUCCAGUGCCAGUGAACUAACCAUAACUAUGUGCGAAAGCGAGGAGCCGACAGCGAGCUCCUCUUCCACCCAUCCCUCGGUCGAUGCCCCAAGCAACGAAAUCAACAACAGCUUGGUGGCCGUGGUCCAACGAAGCGAAUUCGCUAAGCUCUUGAUGCGCCUAGGCGAAGAGGGCGACGGCGAUGCAAACCAGAUUGUAAUAGAGCUCCUUAACUCAAAGAAGCAAGCCACAUCGGUUAUCGAGCGCGUAUCCGAAAACCUCAUGCUCGUGCUACGCACCCAGACCCUGGCUGAAGCAGGCAUCAUAACAGGCAACGAGCGCUAUCGUUCCUUCAAGUCGGUUCUGCAGAAUUACGCAAAGCUCUACGCGGCUAAGCGAUUUAUCGAGAAACUCCCCAUGCUGGGACUCUCGCAACAUUCGACCCAGGGCCACGAUCAGGACCAGAACGAGAACGAAAAGACUCUGGCUCGCAUGGUGGCCGACGAGGUACUGCAGAUUCCCGAACUACUGCGCCAGCUCUGGGCCUCCCUGGAGAAAAUGGAGUUCUUCAACGAGGACACUGCUUACAAAGUUUACUUGGAAGCGCGCCGCCAUCCGCAGGCAAAAAUUCUCCGUGAACUGAUGUUAACUCGCAUCUCGCGUGUCUACCUUUGCAUUGUCAGCUCUGCAUCCUUUCUCGAUUUUAGCGAGCACGAGCUAAUCCACGUGCUCAACAACUGCUACCUCAGUGUCAACUCCGAGAUAGAGAUAUUCCUCUCGGUCAUACUCUGGUUGGAGCACAACUGGUAUGAGCGUAAGAACUGCGCUGAGCGGGUCUUGAGUGGGGUUCGAUUCGGCCUGAUGCCCACCUGGUACCUCUAUACUCUGGACAGAACCAACCGCUGCAAUCACUUCGCCAAGGUCAUCUAUAGCCAGGGAGUCCAAGCCCUUUUGGAGAAGGGUCUCGAGGAAGCCUUGGCUUUGCGUUAUAAAAAGGCGCGAGCUCGCAACUCCAGCAACAUGGAGAUUCCAUUGCCACGUGACUGGGUUGCUGACCCGGAGUGUCGCCAUCAUCACAAGUGCCAUUGCGAGCGAUUUGUUUACCCGACAUAUGACGUGUUCAAGGACUACCUGGCUAGAAUCAUAAGAUGUGCUCCGAAUUACUGGCGCACUCUUCGUCCAGCCCAGGAGGUUUACCGGAUGGUACUCAAAUGUUGUGCACCCCCCUGCCAGACCCAUCAACGAAUUUAACCACACCGUUGAGAUUAAUUGUCUCAUCUCCCUACGCUAAUUGUAAUCGGUCCAAAAUUUAUUGUUUUAUCUGUCCUGGCAUGUUUAAGCGCAAAUCAUUUUAGAGUGUUUAAUAAAUGUUUCAAAAUUCCAAUUCAA